GCAUCUGAAGCGUAACUGGAUGUGGCAUAGCGGAGAACCGGACGUUAAGAACAAGGAGAGGGACCAGCUGUUCAGGAGGGAGAGGGCCGAGCAGAGGAAGGCGAGGGAGAGACAUGAGAGUGAAGGGCCCGGUGCAGCCUUCAUAUACACACACGCAUUACAGCAAGCGGAGAAUGGCAUGUCUGUUACUGACCCUAGAAGGAGACUGGCCAGGCUUCCCAACACCAGACUUGCUGUCAUGAGGCCCGUUAACAAGCAAGGUUAUGCUGAGCCACCAGAGGUAGUGACUGUCACACUCAAGGAAAAUGUGGUCAAGAACAAGGGAGGCAAGGGGCUGAAGAGGAAAUUUUCACAAUCUGGUUUACAUGCAAAAAAAGUCUUACAACACAGUGAACCGAGAGUAAGGCCUAUGAAGUUGAGAGAGAAGAAGCCAAAGCGACCUUACUAUGACGACAAAGAUCAGGCAGCCCUGAACAAAAUGACGAAGGAGAGGGUGGUGUGGACAAGCCAGGAAGACAGUCUG